AUGGGAAAACAUUUAUACCUAGCUGCAGCUCUUACUUUAACAAUCAUUGCUUCCUUCGGUCAACUUCUAUUUACUUUAACGUCUGAGCAGAAAAGUAUAGUACGACGCUUUGAAAAUGAGUCCAAGAAGCUCAACAACACAAGGAAUGCUGUCGUGUUCAACGAUGUAUGCAUAAAAGAAAACCUGCUUCCGAAAUAUGCAAAUGUAAAUAUCCACGACCGAGCAGUGCAGCAUGAGGAUUUUGUGACCGAUUUUCGAAGACGUUUGACAACUGAACAACUGUCACGCAAGAAGGAGCUACUGACAAAACAGAUUGAAAACGUUGCCAGAUAUAAAGCAGAUUAUGAUUCCUUAGAGGUUAACCAAGAACUGAAAGAAAGACUAGAUGAAUCACUUUUCGCAAUCCUACACGACCAUGACGAAUUAGCUAGAAGUCGUGUUCUGAAGAAGCUGUCACAUCUCUACAAGGGAGAUGUAGUUGUCCCCGAAAAAGGUCAGUGGUUUGUGAACCUUUCUUCACACACACUGACACCCGACCAAGAAGAAUUCCUUAAUUUGGGAAUAAACUGCCAUCACUUUCCCAAGUAUGACGCAGUCAAAAAGAAAACCGAGAUUGCAAUACUUUUUGAGGACUUAUGCAAGCUCAAAGAUGAAGGAAAGGUUCACCUGAAUUCUGACCUUCAGAGUGACCUCCAAGCGGAAUCAACGAAACAAAGACACCGAUCUAGCCGAGGUGUUCUCACACCUGCCCUCCGGAAUGCAGCACGCGAACUCCGUAACAACGACUCUAUUGUCAUCAGAAGAGCCGACAAGAGUGCAACCUACGUGAUCUUGGAUAAAGAAGACUACCUCAGCAAGAUUGACGACGUUCUCUCCGACAACUCGAAGUUCAAGCCAAUCAGACGAAACCCAACCGAAGCAUUGAAAUCGAAACUGAACCGGCUCAUCGACGCAGCAAACGCAAAAGUAGAUGAUGUUCAUUUCAGUAAGAUCAUUGGUGAGUACCGACCGGGCUACCUAUAUGGAAAUGUCAAAACGCACAAAGAGGGAAAACCAAUCCGGCCUAUCAUAUCCCAGAUUCCAUCACCGACUUACCAACUGGCUAAGAGGCUAAACGCACUGAUUUCGCCAUACAUCCCGACUGAUCACACCGUUCGCUCUACUGAAGACUUCGUGGACAUUCUUCGAGCCAACAAACCCAACGGUAUACUAGCAUCACUUGACGUCACCAGCCUGUUUACCAACGUACCAGUCAAAAGAACUAUCGCAAUCAUACUUGAUUAUGUGUACAACAGCAGUAUCGCGGCACCCAAGUUACCUAGAAACAUACUAGAGUCCCUUUUGCGUGCGUGCACUCUCGAGGUCCCCUUUAGAUGUCCCUCUGGCAAAAUGUACCACCAGGUCGAUGGCGUAGCGAUGGGUUCACCGCUCGGUGUCUUAUUUGCCAACGCAUUUAUGUGCCACAUCGAAAGUAAGGUCCUGAACGAAUGUGAACCGAAGCCCUUUAUCUACCGCCGGUACGUCGAUGAUAUUUUUGUAGACGUGCGCAGUGCAGAUGAUCUGGAAAUGUUGAGAGACAUGCUCCAAACUGAGUCAGGUCUUGCCUUCACUACUGAGCUCAACGUAAACAAGAAAUUACCCUUCCUUGACCUUAUGAUUCAUGCUAACGACAACGGCUUUGAUACAGAUGUCUAUGUGAAACCGACAAACAUGGGACGAUGUAUGAAUGCGAAUGGGGACUGUACUGAUACGUAUAGACGCGGUGUGAUUCGGUCGUACGUCAGGAGAGCCCUAAAAGUUUGUUCGACGUGGGAAGUGGCUCAUCGUGAACUGAAGCGAGUGAGGCAGAUGCUUGUCAACAAUGGCUAUAGUAACCGUGACUUCGACGACAUUUCACGUGACAUGAUUGACAAGUACAUGACAGCAUGCAACACCGACUCAAACACAGGACACAACCCCUGUAGCAACAUCGACAUAUACUACAGAAACACCCUCACACCAUCCUGGAAAAAAGACGAAAAGGCCAUGCGAGACAUCAUUUCGAAGAACGUGACACCGGCCCAGCCUGACCAUCGCUUACGAUUCAAAAUAUACUAUAAGUCUCCUCGCACCUCUUCACUCAUCAUGCGGAACAACAUGGAACAAACCACAACUCUACAACAGACCAACGUAGUAUAUCGUUUUCAGUGUUCUACCGGGGACUGCGCAACCCGUAACGUAUACUACGUUGGACACACGACCACAUCACUCAGCCGCCGACUGACAAUGCACUUACAAGACGGAGGACCUAAAACACAUCUUUCAGAGCACCACGGGAUUCGACUUACCAGAGACUUACUGACAGCAAACACCACCAUACUGGCACGACAAAACGACAGACGACGACUAGCCAUCACAGAGACCAUUAUCAUUCGAGACACAUCCCCGAUCAUCAACACACAUACAAAGACCCUGACGAACAUCCCUCUCUUUGACAGACAAAUGACUAACACAUAGGUUUACUGUGUGUACAUACGAGUAUGAUGUGCUUUAUUGUUCAUCUUCGUUCAUCUAGUUCGCCUCAGGCCGAAAUGCGAAACUUCUUUUGCAGAAACGUGGUGCCGAGUUAAAAACAUAAUGAUGUGAUUUGCAAUUUUGUAUAUAACUGUGACAAUUCAUGCGCGGCAUCUAUCGUUUAUAAUUUUGUACUGAUGAUGAUCAACGUUGAUCGAAAGCUUUACUUUAAAUAGACUAUUAUUCAACAAAGAA